AUGGUGGAGGGAGAUCCGCCCACUGGAAGAGAUGAUUCACUCUUCAACAGUUCCCAAGUGGUGAGACGCAAGCCACAGACCCCGAAAACGAAUGAUGCUGUCGUCUUCAAUAUCCAAAAAGAGUCGGUUCAAUAUCAAGCCGGAUACCAAGCUACUUCUAGACGAAAAAGCGCCGCCGGAAGUGAUGAAAUCAUACACGUGGAUGGCAAGACAAGCGCGCAGCUAACUCCCGAACGACGAAAAAUACGGCGGAGCUCGAGUGGAAGCUCGGAGAUUUAUCACUUGCGAAGGACGCCCUCGGUCUCUUCAGUGGCCUCCAUCUCUGAAGAUGUCCCCCGCGUCUCGUGGAAUCGAGUCCUUACUUCGAUCCGCCACGGGCAAUCCCUUAGCAUCAGUGCUGUCACUGACAAGAUCGUUGAUCACGAUGUAACAGCCUUUUGGCACGUUGAAAUUGCAACGAACAUGGCGAAAUAUCAACGAUGGAAAGGUGAGAUCAUAGUACCAACGGGCCACAAACGCGGACAGACGACAAUUUCGCUAGGAUUCACAAACUCAUAA